GUGUGUGUGUGUGUGUGUGUGUGUGUGUGUGUGUGUAGGAGUAUGUGCGUCUGAUUGGUCCCUGGUGUCAGGUGAACAUCGGCUCCUGUCGCUUCAUGCUGGGUCAGUGUUACCUGGCCAAUGGGGAGGGCCAGAAGGCUCUGCAGUGUUUCCAGGAGGCAGCGACGGAGGUGGAGAAGGAGGAAUUCCUGAUGAAACUGACGGGCACCGAGGAGGAGGCCUCCACUCCCAGACUACAGUACUACAACAAGGUGCUGCGGCUGCUGGAGGACGUGGGUCUACCCGAGUUGGUCAUCCAGCUGGCAUCUCUGGCCAUAACGGAGGCCGUCAGCGACGUCAAUAGUCAGGUAACAUUCAGCAGACAGACGGGUAACAUUCAGCAGACGGGUAGACAGACAGCGUUGGUGGUUUUUAAACAUGGUUUAUUUGACACUUAUAUUAAUUAGUGCUGGGUUAGAAUCCAGGAAAUCACAUUGUAUGAUUUUUAAUGAAUUAAUUGGUAAAUUCCUU